UUUCUUUUCAUUUUUAAGGACUCCUGAAUAUAUUUGAAAACUGAACGAUUUCAGCCAAGCCGACAGAUUGUCUUCCCCAAGGCACAAAUCCAGCUUAGAUAUAAGUCAUCAUGGUGAAAAGCCACCUAGGCGGCUGGAUCCUGGUUCUCUUUGUGGCCACUUGGAGUGACGUGGGCCUCUGCAAGAAGCGACCGAAGCCUGGAGGAGGCUGGAACAGUGGGGGGAGCCGAUACCCUGGGCAGGGCAGUCCUGGAGGCAACCGCUACCCACCCCAGGGCGGUGGCGGCUGGGGUCAGCCCCACGGUGGCGGCUGGGGUCAGCCCCAUGGCGGUGGCUGGGGACAGCCCCAUGGCGGAGGCUGGGGUCAAGGUGGCACCCACAAUCAGUGGAACAAGCCCAGUAAGCCGAAAACCAACAUGAAGCACGUGGCAGGAGCUGCUGCGGCCGGGGCAGUGGUGGGGGGCCUCGGCGGCUACAUGCUGGGGAGUGCCAUGAGCAGGCCCCUCAUGCAUUUUGGCAAUGACUAUGAGGACCGUUACUAUCGUGAAAACAUGUACCGUUACCCCAACCAAGUGUACUACAGGCCUGUGGAUCAGUACAACAACCAGAACAACUUUGUGCAUGACUGCGUCAACAUCACGAUCAAGCAGCACACAGUCACCACCACCACCAAGGGGGAGAACUUCACUGAGACCGACGUCAAGAUGAUGGAGCGCGUGGUGGAGCAGAUGUGUAUCACCCAGUACCAGAAAGAGUCCCACGCUGCUUACCAGAGGGAUGCGAGCACGGUCCUCUUCUCCUCCCCUCCAGUCAUCCUGCUCAUCUCUUUCCUCAUUUUCCUAAUAGUGGGAUGAGGACAGCCUUCUCUUUUCACCAUCUUCAUCUUUUACCACGUUGGGGGAGGGGGUAUCUACCAGCAGCCCUUUAGUGGCGGUGUCUCAUUCUUGCUUCUCCCUUUGUCACCCAUAGGCUAACGCCCUUGGCACCGAGGGCACAGGGAAAUGCAGCACAGGCCUGGUGCGCAAUGCAUUCAAGCCCCGUUGGACCGAGUCUUUCACGGGCCAGUGCGAGUGCCAGGCUGGUAAGAGUGUAACAGCAAAUAAUCAUCGGUUGAUCUAGGCUUCUUUUUUGCCCAGCGCAAUGGAUUGAGGCUGAAACAAUUCUCACAACAUACCUUUGCCUGCAUACCUCCAGCCCCUUCCCCAGCUGGAGCUCAGUACACUCAGUAGUGCCCCAUCUUAGUUAGCAGCGAUUUUGUAGCAAUUUGGACACAUUUUCUCCUUCAUUUUCAGAAAGCCUGACUGCAUUUCCCUGUUUAAACAGCAUUUCUGACAAAUUUGGAAGGAGGCCACAUUAUAUUCAUUCAAAAAACAAAACUAGAAAUCCUUAGCUCUUGGGUCCAGGCUCAGCCCACUGGAGAGCAUGUGCCCUGUGUCUGCAGAGAACGGUGACAAUGUUUUGCAUUUUGCAAUACAGGUUACACUGCAUCAAGAGUAAAUAUUCAUGCAACACUAGACCUCUGGGCAGAGGACAUUUUCAUAGGGCAUGAACAUAAUAUGAAAGGCUUCUGGAACUAAAACUAUCCAACAUUUGGGAGUGGUGCCCUUGAAGGGUAGAUGUUUAAAGCACCUACAUGUGGCAUUCCUUUCUUUAGCAACAUAAACUAUAGAUAAUUAAGACAGUUAAACAUUAAGUUACUGUCUGGACACUAACAACUUUGUGGGAAGAUUUUGAUAUUGGGUAAAGGCAGGAGAUUUUAGCAUAGAGGAAGCUGCAGCUGUAAAAACUCCAUUAUUAAUUAGAUGAUUGUGUAAUGAAGAAAAAGAUCAGUGUACAAAGAAAAAUGCUUGCAUUUCUUCGUUGCUGUCUCAUAAUUGUCAAAAUCCAGAAUUAGGUUGAGUCCUUUAUUUCUGUAAUUGGCCUUUAAAUCAAAGAAUUGGGAGUCAAUCCAAAAAAAAAAAAUCAAAAAAAAAUUCUUAGGUUGGAGAUGACAGAAAUAUGGUCCAUUUAAAGUGGAACAAGAAAUUCUGUUACUGUUAUUUAAAUGAGGUAAAAUUAUUCCCUGGAUGGUUCAAUAUUGUCACCUAGUACAAUAGAUCUGUGUUACUGUUCUGCAAUGUUAUUGGCUUGCAUUGUGCGGGUAUUCUAUGUAAAAUAUAUAUAUUCCUUAUGACAAACUUAGAGAUUUUGGUUAGAGCAGUUGACAUCUGAAGUAUCUAAUGCAUUUACCUGUUUUGUAAGGUACUAAAUGCUUAAUAUGUGGGAAACCCUCUUGCGUGGUCCUUAGGCUUACAACGUGCACUGAAUAGUUUUGUAUAAGGAUCCAAAGCGGUCUUUGAAAUAUGCAUGUACUUUAUAUUUUCUAUAUUUGUAACUUUGCAUGUACUUGUUUUGUUGUAUAAAAAAUUUAUAAGUGUUUAAUACCUGACUACAAUUAAAUAGGAGUUGAGAUGCA